UUGCAGGAUGACCAGAAGAAGUCAGCAGGGCUAAGUUCUACUCCUAAGCCAAAGGUCAGCACAAAAUUCGCUGAUUUGUUGGCAUUUAGCGGACCCGCACCAGAGAGGAUCAAUGGCAGGCUUGCCAUGAUAGGCUUUGUCGCUGCAAUGGCAGUGGAACUGUCCAAGGGCCAAGACCUUUUUUCUCAGAUAUCUAACGGUGGAGUCUCGUGGUUCGUCGGAACAAGUAUUCUGCUCUCUGUCGCGUCUUUGAUCCCACUGUUCAAAGGGAUCAGCGCGGAAUCCAAGUCAGAGGGCGUCAUGACAUCUGAUGCUGAGAUGUGGAACGGUAGAUUUGCCAUGUUGGGUUUGGUUGCGUUGGCCUGCACCGAGUACGUCUCGGGUGGAACCCUUCUGUAGUUUCGAUUUUGUGUAUUAUUCAAGCCAUU